AUGGCGAAUGCAUGUUAUCGCUUUCAGGAAUCAUCGAGCAACGAUACGACAAAGCCUCCAAUUCUUGCUGUCGAUGAACAGAGCGAAGCGGCACAAGAAAAGCGGAGCUCAUUCGCGAUUUUCUUCAUUCUUUUGGUGAUUGUUGCGGCAACGUUGCUUGUCCAUGUACUUAUUAUAUCCAAAUUGUAUUUUAUUCCGGAAAGCUUAGCUAUUGUUAUUUUAGGUGCCUUGGUUGGCCUCGUACUGUCCUACAGUAAAAGCGAUUGGACGCAGGUUGAAACAUUCAGUCCGAACAUCUUUUUUCUUGUUCUUCUUCCUCCGAUCAUUUUUGAAAGCGGCUAUAACUUGCAUAAGGGUGACUUCUUCGCCAACAUGUUCCCAAUAUUGUCAUUCGCAAUAAUCGGUACGGUGAUAUCGGCUCUGACUAUCGGCUCAGCGCUGUACAUUCUCGGGCAAGCAGAUCUCAUAUACAAAAUUACGGCGGCGGAGAGUUUCACAUUUGGUUCGAUGAUUUCUGCUGUGGAUCCCGUUGCCACGCUUGCUAUAUUUCAAGCAUUAAAUCUAUUUAAACACGUCGAUUUGCGGAAGACGCCAGCUUUGGAGCUUGCAUUAUUACUCAUAUUUGCAUAUUUGCCCUAUGGACUCGCUGAGGCUAUCUCGCUUUCCGGUAUAAUGGCAAUUUUGUUUUGCUCGAUAACGAUGUCUCAGUAUACACAUUUCAACAUUUCACCAAUCACUCAGAUCACUAUGCAGCAAACGUUCAGAACAAUUGCAUUUGUAGCAGAGACGUGUACAUUCGCUUAUCUGGGCCUCGCAUUGUUUACAUUCAAACUUGAAUUCCGUCCUAUGUUCAUAGUAUGGAGUAUCUUGUUGUGCUUCAUCGGCCGCGCUCUCAAUGUAUUUCCGCUCGCUUUUGUGGCGAACAGUUGCCGUCGUUCACAAAUAUCCUUCAAAAACCAGUUCAUAAUGUGGUACAGCGGGAUGCGAGGUGCAGUGGCAUUUGCACUGGCACUUCACAUUUCAAUUGAAAAUGAGGAAACAAAAAGGGUUUUGCUCACAACGACACUUUGCAUCGUAUUGUUCACCAUUAUUUUCCUCGGUGGCACAACUUUGCCUCUUCUGAGGGUAAAUUUUUUUUUGUUUUGUUAG